CCGGGGUCCCGCUCACUGGGCUUGAGGAUCAGAGUGUUGCCGGUGACGGUGGCCAAGGGCACGCUCCAGAGAGGGAUCAUGGCGGGGAAGUUGAAGGGGCAGAUGGCGGCAACGACGCCCAAGGGCUCGCGGUAUGAACGAGUUUCCAUAUCUUUGGCCACUUCAAUCACCUCUCCGGUGAUCUGGGUCGUAAUGCCGCAUGCGGUCUCGCAGACUUGCAACCCACGCAGCACAUCACCCUUGGCGUCGGCGAAUGUCUUGCCCUGCUCCAGGGUGAUGGAGGUCGCCAGCCGAUCCAUAUUCUGGCGGAUGAGGUGGGUCAAUUUGAAGAUGAUCUGCUGUCUGGUCAUGAUGGAGGUGGCUCGCCAUUUGGGGAAGGCCUUCUGCGCGGACUCGACGGCCGCCUUCAACUCGGCAUCGGUGGACUGGGGCACGCGGGUGACGAGGUUGUUGGUGGCAGGGUCGUGGAGAUCGAUCCAGGUCGUGGCCUGCGAGGGCACAAACUGGUUGUCGAUGAAGUUGUGGGUGUUGACGACGUUUUGGAUCUGUUCGUGGCUUCGGGGAUAGUCGGCCACGGCCGCCUGGGCCGCUUGCAGAUGGCGGCUAGUGGCAUGUAGCCGUCGCUUCGCUACGUGCUGUGCGGGCGACAUUCUGAGGCUCGAGGCGAUUUGAGGGGCACGUCGGCCGGACAGCGCUGGAACGGCACGAAGCAGUGAACGCCGCGUGGCCAUAUCGAUGUUAUGUGGACGGUGGCCGAGAAGGAAGAAAGGCAAACAAAAUGGACAGAUAUAACAACUUGCACAAGAACGAGAAGAACAACUCCGCGGAGAAGGUGGCGAGGCGGGUGAGGAUUUGGCGGAUUGGACUUCAAGUCUUUGGAGUCUGGGGGAGGGAGUUAUAAGGACUCGGACGCGGGAGGACGAGGACACUGGGCGGUGGUGGUGAAGGGUUCAGUUGGUGGUAGUGGUUCACUCCAGCGCCAAUGGUGGGCAGCGAAUACAGGACGCACACCUCCGCUUCCGGAGUCGACCACGACGUGACUUUUACUUUUCGGGUUCUCUUCAGGGAGAGUUUCCACCCAGUUGCCGCGGGGAGGACGAGGAGCAGCACCCACCAGCAACCCAGCUUAUCGAAUCCAGACAAUCGGUCAGCAUCUGGAGGGUCCUCUCUAUCCCGGGCUCCUCCAUCGCAGGCUUCAGCGGCAGUCGCUUCCUCGGAUCCGUCUGGCCGCCCCGAGGUCGAAGGGCGCCGCCUGCGUUCGUCUGUCAUUGGGCGGCCUGCCCUCCGCAGUCCAGAGGGGAGAAGACCGAGGAGACAAUUGCCAGUUAAACUAGGAUACUGUGUAGUCAGCGCCCCAGAUUAAUCCAUCCGCAAGCACGAGCACCACUACUAGCACCUCUAUAACUGGCCUUGUAAGCUGUACUAGG